AUGUUAAGAAUUUUAGUUCUUGGAUUAAUAUAAGAUAUUAUAUUAGGUUCGAAGAUAUUUUAUUAUCAUGAUCCAAGUAAUGACAUUAUAAAGCCACGAACUCAUGCAAAAAUCUCAGAGUCUAGUAUAUAUAAUGGUGAUUGUAGACACAAUUAUUGAUUUCUACUUUGAAUUCAGUUAAGACUAAAAAGAAGUAACAAUGAUGAUUGAGAUCGAUAAGAUUAGUUACUUUUCAUUUGGGUUAGGAAAAUCUAUGAGUGAUGCAGAUGUUUGGGUAUUUGAGAUAGAUAAGAAUGUAAUUAUUGGAACAGAUUCACAUUGUUCUAAGCAUUAAGUGCCACCAACAGAUGUUUCAUCAGGUGGUACAAAUGAUAUAGAAAUUCUGGGUUAUUAUUAUAAUGAGAAUGGUAAGAGUGGAGUGAAAUUUAAAAGAAAAGCAAAUACAGGUAUAAUCAAGUAAUCUAUAUUAAAGGGGACAAAUACGAUAAGGAAUUGAUGUAAUAAAAAGGUGUUGAUUUUAUUUGGGCACAUGGUAAGAAUGAUUAAAGUUUGAAGGUUUCAAGUCAUGGUAAAGGUAAUUAUGGAUAUGUAAAAAUUGAUUUAAUUGAUAAAGGAGGAGAUAUAGAUGUAGAUAUAGAGGAUGAGAAUAAAUAUUAUAAAUUACACAAAUGGACUAACUUUAUUUGUUGGGGUAUAGCUAGUGAUUUGGCAAUUAUUGUUGGUAGAUAUUUUAAGACUUGGGGAUAUAGAACAUAUUUACAUGGAUUUUUGUUUAUUAUGAUAAUUGCUAGUUCCUUAACAACAGCAAUUUUUAUGUUAAAUACAGAUUGGGAAAUAUUGGAAUGGAAACAUUUUAAAGAUGAGUCAAUAAAAAAUAAAUUCCAUAUAGUAUUUUUUAUGAUCUUAGCCUUUUGCAUGAUCAUUCAAUGUAUAGGUGGUAUAUUGUAAAAUAUAAUGUUAACUUCUUAUAAGAUAAAUGAGAAAGUAUCAGUAAAACCAUCAUAUCAUGCUAUUUUUGGAAGUAUUGUAUAUACAAUUGGUAAAUUAUAAAUAAUUGCUGGAUUAUUCAUGGAUAAUGAUAUCAGAUUUAUGCUUAUUCUUGGAGCAGUCUUAACCAUUCGUUUUAUACUAGAAGUAUUAUAUUAAAGAGGAACAUUAAUGGUGAUGACUAAAAGCAAUUCCAGUAGUUCUUACUUUAAAAAACAUAAAGUUCUUCCAGAUUAAGAAUCUUUGCUAGAUAAGAUUAAUUAAAGUGAUCUCGAAGUACCAGAAUAGAAUUCAGAUAAAUUGUGGUGCAUAUAUCAUAAUCAAAUUAUUGAUUUAUCAUAAAUGGUUCAUCCUGGUGGGAAUUACAUUUGGAAAUUAAUUUAAGGUUAAGAUAUUACCAAAUAUGUUCUUGGAGCUUAUCCUAUAUUUCAACUCACUCUUAAACCUUAUCGUCAUAGUCUUUAUACAUUAUAAGCCUUAUAAAAAUAUAAAACUGGUGUUUAUGUUAAUGAAGACUUAGAACUUUUCUAUAAUAAGACAACUUAAAGACCAGUUAAGAAAUUAAAAGCUAUAUGGACUUUAGCUACAGUAAAUCCCUACACUUUUCUAAUUGCUAAAUUUGAAUUCACAAAUUAAUAAUUUCAACUUAGAAAUGCCAUUAAUGGAUUAGACACUUUUGGAUCAUAUUUCAUUAUUAAAUCAGAUGAUAAUAAUGAUAUUCAUUAAAGACAAUAUACUAUGGUAUUAAGCAUGACUAAUCAAAGAGUAAAAUACAGAAAAGACAUUCUUGAAUUAUAUAAAAAGAUUAUUAAUUUACAACCAAUUCAUAAAGAUAUACCAAAGUUAGAAGAAUUUGAAGAUGAACUUCCAUUGAUAAUUAAGAAAUAUGAAACUAAAAAUGGGUUUUCUAAUUAUAUACAUGAAGAUAAUAGAUAAGGAUAAUAUAUUAUUGAAGGUCCAUUUGGAAAUUCUAUUUAAAUUGAGAAUAAUUCCCAUUUAAUUUUCAUAGCUGGAGGAACUGGAUUAUUUCCAUUUUUAGAUAUACUUGAUUAUUAAUUAAGAGUUUCAUAUAAUCAUAUUGUAAAAAUGAAGCUUGGUGAAGAGGCAUCUAAAUUAAUAGAUUUAAGAAUCAAUGAGAUUAAAAAAUUUACAAUCACAAUGUUUUUGGCAGUCAAUUCUAUUGAAGAUUUAGUAAAAUAUAUAUAAAUUAAAAUAGAUUGGAAGAGAUAUCUAUUUUGCUUUGCUUUCAUUAUAGUAAUAUUUGGAUAGUCCUAAUUUUAAAUUGAUCGUGAAAGGUAACUUUAAAUUAAAAGAAUGUCCAAUUAUAGAAAAUCGAUUUACAUAACAAACAUUUAUUAAUCAUAUAUCUGAUUUAAAUAACUCAACAACAUAUUUCAUUUGUGGUCCUCCAUAGAUGAAUAUUGAAGUUGAAAGAAUAUUAAGAGAUAUGGGAAUUAUGAAAAUAAUAGUAUUAUGA